GGGACGACCCGUCCGAGCUCGACGCCGACGCCGACGCCGAUUGUCGUCGUGAUCUGUGACAUUCCGAUGACGUUGUGCGGUGCGUACCGAUCUGCACGUCGUGUCGAUCGGCAAAAUGCGCGAUAACAGAUGACAGAUCGUGGGGAGGUGUCUGCGUCUAUUCCAUCGCUAAUUCGUCAUCAUUCGUCAACUUUUGAUGAUAUUAUCGAUUAGUGGAAAAAUACCGUUUUUUAUCUUUAUUCAAUCGCAUUUAAGCGUCUUUGACUGACGAAUCACAUGUUCUAUCAUGCGAUAAUUAAAAAUUAUAAUGAAAGGUAGAGCAAUCACGGAGAGAAAGACCAUAGAUGGUAUGAAGGUACUGCAAAUAGAAUAUUGCGGUAAAUUUGAAUGAUUGAAGAUAUCGAAUAUCUAUAAUUGGAACUUGUUCAUAAUUUUUAUCUCACAAAAUUUCUCCGCGAAAAGUCAAUACAAAUUGGCGCGUGCAAACAAAACGAUCGUUGAAAGACUAUCACGGGAGCAUUUGAGAACGAUUUUUUGCUCGAGUGUCAUCUCACCGGAGGUCAUCUCACAAAUAGCGAGAAUCUGUGAGAUCGUUCAUCGUAUCAGAAGUUUGAAUCUUGGGGAUCUUGGGUUGCCGACCAAGUAGAAUCGGGGGAAAAAAAAUUAUCGCAAUACUUGUCCAGAGAUUGGAUUCAACGGUGCGAGAGGUGAAACUGGAGGAAGACGUGGUACAAGAAAGAAGCAACCAAGAGGUAGCGGCGCCGGGAAAAAAGAUAGAAAAGCGCGCAAUAGUGAAGGAGAAACGGGGGGUUGGCGGGAGAUGAAGGUGCUGCCGCGGAGAAUUUCAAGCCGUGUCCCCGGCGAGAUAGGAGCCGUUUGUAUAGAUCUAUAUGCACAGUAAAAUUGUGGCGACGUAGGAGUUCUCGCUACGAAUAUCUGGGUCAUACAGCCAUCCUCUCUCGGCGUUGUAACCUGCUCUCCAUAAUUCUACGAAAUUCUCUUGAUACUGCAACAAAGUAGACCAUUGACGAUCUGGAGGACUUCUCACUCUUAAAACGCUCGAAAAGCACGCCAAACUAGGAUGAUAAAUGUAAUUGAUAAACAAUGUAAUUGAUAUAAAUAUUGAAUAAAAGAGCACACGUAAAAUAUAAGAUAAAAGAAUAAUCGCAAAAUUCGUGCUCGCGUAAUCGAAAUUACGAGAUUUUAUCCGAACAGACGGAUAACAAUACAUAUAUGAGAGUAUGCAAAAUAUCGAACCGCAAUUUGCUCCAGACUCAAACCACAGUUUACAGAACCAUUACGUUAAUGUCAUUUAAGUCGCGCGCUAAAGUGAGCUAUAAGUAUAUCGUGUUUUACUCCGCCGGGAGAAUCCGUAAUACGUACGAAUCAAUGAUUUGUGAUUCGGUACGUUACCGGUCGCGUGCGCGGUAACGAGCUGUCACGUCGUUACGCGGUUACGUAAAAAGAAUCUACCUGGGUUCCCCUAUGGGGACAAUUUCCGAGGAAAGUCCACGCGCAAGGGCUAUUAUCCGAGUCGUGUAGCGAGAGGUUAGCGCGCGAAAUCCGCUGCUACCCUUCAUCUAGGACACGGUCGGGCCGGCCGACUCGAUAAAUAAUGAACCCCCGCAGUCAUUUAUCAAGCUCACCGCGAGAGGAACGAAUGCUUGGGUUUCGCUGAGGACGGUCUAAAUGGGAGAAGCCAACGCGAGGCACCGGCUAGCACCGCAAGAUACCGCGUCGCAUCGCCACGAAGGUUACGCAGAAAUUAUGUCCCCUUGAUCGGGAGCUUACUCGAAAGCCAAUGUAUUAUUCUUUACGACUUAUCUACUCACAAGAUUAUCGACAAAAUAAGUAUCGUGAUAUGUGCCGGAGUUCGCGAUCCAAGUGAUACUUGAGAAGCGACCCUUAAACGCCGAGGAGACGCAGAGCGUCUUCUCUCGACCGUGCGAACUCUUCCCUGAGCGCUCGUUUUAGAAAUGCGAGAAUCAGCUGAUUCAGAUCGCGAUCAGUGUAGUAACACCGGGCAAUGCGAUCAAAUUCCGCGCAGGAGAUAACGGCGUCCGAAAACGUACGGUUCGCGAUUUGAUGACAGUGAUCGCGCUUCGGGCUUCGCGAUUCGAAAGAAAGUAAGGGCUUGUCUCGUGCGUGGUAUCAAGCAGCGCCGAGUAACAUGAAGCGACGGAACAACGGUCCCUCCUGCUUCUGUCAGACGUCGGCCAAGAGAGGCGGGCGCGGCGGAUGCAAUGGUACUGAGACGAACGAGCCACCCGGAUGGUGCAUCUACGCGGCGGUCGCCCUCGUCGCGGUCGGUUGCUAUCUCAAUGCGCUCGACUGCGACUUCGUGCACGACGAUAUACCGGCGGUGGUGAGGAACAGGGAUGUGAUCGGCGAGGCGUCGUGGAGCAGCGUGCUCAAUGACGAUUUCUGGGGCACGCCGAUGGAGAGCAUCAAUAGUCAUAAGAGUUAUCGACCUUUCACCACUCUGACGUUUCGGUUAAAUUACUUGAUGGCAGGCUUGAGUCCCAUGUGGUACCACGCCACAAACGUCGCCUUACACGCCGGUGCGUGCAUCUUGGUCACCAGAGUGAGCCUCGUCGUAGCGGCACUUCGACCAGGAUUCGCGGCUCUCGCUGGAUUGUUAUUCGCUACGCAUCCUGUGCAUACGGAAGCGGUGACUGGCAUCGUAGGCAGAGCGGACGUUCUAGCGUGCAUUUUCUUUUUACUGUCCUUCCUUGCCUAUCACGGCCAACAGACGGCUUACAUAUGGUCCAGUGUUUGUCUGGGUGCCCUGUCGAUGUUGGCGAAGGAAACUGGCGUUACUGUUCUGGCACUAAACCUUCUUUAUGAUCUCUGUCGUUCCUGGCAUUCAAUCAAGAGGUCUAUUUUCGAAGCCAAAUGGAACGACGAUUCUAGAUAUUUUUCAAGACGCGCUGCAGCAUUACUCGUUUCGUUUGGCAUACUUCUUGUGGUACGGCUCGCUCUGCUUCAUGGUACUUUGCCGAACUUCUCCGCACAGGAUAAUCCAGCUGCUUUUCAUCCCUGUUUCCACGUCAGAUUGCUGACUUUUUGCUACUUGGCUUCAUUGAAUUGUUGGUUGCUUCUGUGUCCGGCUAUACUUUCGCACGAUUGGCAAAUGGGAUCUGUUCCUUUGAUUACAUCUUUUACGGAUAGCAGAAAUCUGGCCACCUGUAUAUUUUUUGGCGGUUGUCUGGUUCUCACGUACAAAGCCUUCACGGAUUUCGAGCAACAGAGGCAUCCACCUCUCGUUCUUGGCUGGAUGUUCCUGGUAUUGCCGUUCCUACCUGCGUCUAAUCUUUUCGUCACCGUGGGUUUCGUCGUGGCGGAACGAGUUUUAUAUACGCCGAGUGUCGGAUGGAUUAUUUUGAUCGUUUACGGUAUGCAAGUGAGCUGGGCUGCAGUGCCACGACGAAGAAGCUGGAUCACUACAGGCGUAGUUCUCCUGCUUGUUCUAGGUUGUUUCAGAACGGUUCUUCGGAAUAACGAUUGGACAUCUAGAGAAACUUUAAUCAAAGCGGGGUUGCGGUCUCUGCCCUACAAUGCUAAGAUGCAUUACAACUUUGCUAACUUCCUCAAAGACACAUCGCAACCGAAUCUUGCGGUCCACCAUUACCAGUUGGCCCUCUGGCUUUGGCCAGGUUAUGCCAGUGCACAUAAUAAUCUUGGAACUCUCACGAUAGAUGAUCAAGCGGAGUAUCAUUUUCUAGCAGCUAUUAAUGCUCAACCUGGUCACGUAAAUGCUCAUUAUAAUCUUGGACGAUUGUACAGAAGAACAAAUCGAACUGAACAGUGCAUCGAGAUGCUGAGGCGAUGCGUGUCGCUGGAUCCGGCGUAUGCGCCGGCAUUUAGAGUUCUAGCGAGGAUCGCCACUGGUCCUGCAACAGGCGAACUCUUGAGACAUGUAAUUCAUCUUCAGCCACGAAACCCGGACGCUCUCACUGAGUAUGCUUACUGGUUGUACAAGAACGGUAAAUGGCUGCCCUCGCUCAAGUACUAUUUCAAAGCCAUGGAGAUUAUCCCAUCGCAUAAACCGUCGCUCAUCGGUACACUCAGGAUUUUGAGGUCGCGAGGUCAGUGGUCCAGGGUACACCAGCUCAUCAUCAGAUGGCAUUUAAUAUUACGAGCUAAACGAGGGGGCUUCAUCUAUCGCGGGGAUUUAUAUAUUCGUGCGUGGGAGCUACAAAGCGAGUCUCGUCAAAGGGCUCAUCAACAUCAACGGAAUCUCUGCAUAUCGGAGAAUGGAUGUUCGAGACCGCGGAUAGCCAGUGUGUCUGUGCAGCUGGAGCAAGACAGCAACAAGUCGGAGCAGCUGCAGCGGGCGCCGCGUUGCAACGUGCGUACUUGCAGGCAGCCGAGAAAAGGGAAGGCGAGGGUGACCGCGCCGACUCUCCUCGUACAGAAUUUCCUGGAGACACUUUAGUCCACGUGAAUUGGGAAAACAGUUCUGUCUGUUUAUUCACCAGAGAAUCGGCCGUGGAAGUUGAAGAGAGGAGUGCAGUUCUAAUCGUAGCUGCCUCGUCCGCGACGAUCAGCGACGAAGAGAGUCCUAUUAUAGCGGAAUGCCUGAAUAUUUUCGUAUGCCGUGUUUGUGUGUUAUCUGGGACCGCAAGCUCGACUUGUCGCAGAUCAUUCAUGAUAUCGAAAUAGAGAAAGGUAUGCAUGUAUUAUUGUUAUCAUUUAUAUAUGUAUCCUGGAAUUUUUCGUGGCAUCCUGAUUAUACUAUCGAUCGGAGCAAUGGUCGCGAUCUCUUCAAUAAUAAUAUUGCUGACGGGAAUAAAAAGAGAAGAAAAGAAAAACAAAUGCCUGCCCUGUAGAUAACUUUGUGGCUUUGAACAUAAACAAAACAUUUUAAAAUUGAACAAUCGUUCAAGCCAGGACAAAUGACAGUGUGUGCAAUGAUGAGAAUUGAAUGCUAGCAUUAAACUCCUUGAAAAUUAUUUUGCCACUUUUAAAUUUAUGAUAAGGGUACGUAACGAGAGAGGACCAAGGGAGAUUCGAGCGAAUAAUUGUGUGCAACAUACUAUGCAAAGUUUCUCGCGUGUCGAUUAAACGCAUAAUCAAGAUAUAUGAUAUAAAAUCAUGUGCGUCCAGCAUGUGUCUGUCUACACUUUCGAAACGGGAUAAUUGUAAUUGGUAAUAUAGUUACAUGUAGUGUGACGUAUUUCUAUAAAUAUUUGCUGUAUCUCGUGUGUGCUUUCAACGUUUUUAUGAUGUCUGUUUCGAUGAAAUAAUAAAGCUGCCGUGUUAUACAUAUACAUCUGAAAUAUGCAGCCUUUUAUUCAACAAUAUCAGAGAAAAAAAUUGAAAAUUAUAUUUGUGAAAAAUAUUUUGACGGAAGAAUUUCGGUAAGUAAUUUAGUAAAAUUAUAUAAUUGUCAGGAGAGAAAAAUAUUUAAUAUGUAAACUAAUAUUAUCAAAUCUUAAAAAUAUAUAAAUAAUUCCCUUGUCACAAAGGGAAUCCAUUAUAAGGAGUCCACUUGAGAACGUAUAUAAUUUUUGUUAGCAAUCUACACGAUAAAAAUCAAACAUUCAUCGAGAUAUACAUUAUAUUUUUUUCUGCCGUUUAUGUCAACGAUGGAAACUGUACGCAAAGGAAAAAAAAAACGAAAAAUUGUGACGCCAAAUUUUAUUUUACUGUCAUGACAAUGACAGUGUAUAGCACAAUACUCUAGAUGAAUAUAUAUAUAAAUAUAAAUAUAUACUUUUAAGACUCUUUCUCGGAUCAUUCUUUGUGUGCCUCUCUCGUAGAAACGCAAUUUUAUGCACGUAAAUACACGGUGCCAAUACUAGGCUAAUGAAUGUACCACUAAUCUGCGGCGUUUGGUAUGGCUUUUGUAUAUGAAAAGAAAAACAGAAACAAUUUUUUUCUUUCUUCAAAGAAAUAUACAUUCUUCGAUGAGCUUGGUAUGGCAAUGUUAUGCUGCAAGUAUCGCAAAGAAGACAGUAAGUAUCGUAAAAAAGACAGUAAGAGUAAAGUUUCUUUUAAAAUUUAUUAAUUUAUGAUAAAAGCAAUUAAUUACAGUAUAAAAACUUAUACAUGUAUAUCAGCAUUUAAUUACUGCAUUAUAGAAUAUUUUGAUUUUAGUUUAAAGUUAAAUGAAAUAUUAAUAUCAAAAUUAUAUAUAAUUACACAAUUUUAAUAUAAAACUGUCUAGAGGUUAAAUCAAAUAUUGCUGAUAACUAUUUUUUUGCAGUUUGUAAAAUCGAUAGAUUUUUUGCAAUUAAUAAUUUAUCAUAACUAGCAAGAUAAAUAAAAUAUAAUUUGUUUGACAUUAACGCAAUAUGAUAAAUUUUUGUACGCUUUACGAGUACUUGCAAAACUUUGCCAAAAAUUAUGAAGACCAAUGUACAUACCUGUAUACAGAAACAAAAAAUAUGUUACAUCCAAAUUUUUGGCGAUGUUGCUUAUUAAACUUCUCUACUAUAAAUUAUUAUCAUGUGUAAUAUUAUUAUAAUAAACUCGAAUAAAUACAUUUUGGCCAUCUGGUUACAACGGCCUACGGUACUUUGCAAAACACUGCGGAUAGUGGGAAAAAAUGCAACGAAACGUGGAGAUGAGAAUGAAACAUGAGAUCUAAACUAUAAUGGUAUAUGGAAAUGGCAAUGCAUAUGUAUGAAGUUAUAUUUUCAGUUAUUAUACCGUUCCUUCCACGGUUCUUGUUUGAUAUCCGCAGAGCAUGGAUAUUUUUAUUUGAAUAUUUCUUUUUAAUGUUGUUAAUGUUGAAUAAAAUACCUACAAAAUUUUUUGCUUUAAUUACACCAGAAAGUUAAAAUAUUUCUCUCUCAAUCAAACUUAAUGUUUUUAAAAUUAUAUUUUAUAAAGAAAGUUAAAUAUAUAUUUAAAUUUUGUUAUACUAUAUUUUAUACAUAAUGUUUGAGUAAUUAAAGAAGAAUUUAAUUAAGAAAGUUGAUGUAAUAAAAUUAUACGUUAAUCGGCCAGCGUCAGAAUUGCAUAAAUUUUGCACAAUAUAUCAUAUUAUUAUUACAAUCAAGAGAUGAGAAAUCUUAAGCUUUCCCGUAAAAAUCGUACGGAUGAAGCUAAAAAUAGAGGAUCAUAGGAGAGUUGCUCAUUAGCUAAGGUAAGAAGCAAAAUACUUGCAAGUUAAUACGUUUAAUACGAUAAAUGGAAGUGAGCCGAAUAUUCUAUUUUUCGUACACUUAAGCCUUAGGCGUUUUCCCAACUUUAAAGAAAAUAAGCAUUUAGCAUCACGUAUAUUUCAUUAUAAAUUCCUUGAGAUAGUAUAGCUGCAUAAAUAAAAUUAUAUUAUCGCCAUGACAAAUACAAAUUUAUAUUAGUGAAAAGAAUUUUGUGAUAUUUCGUAAUGGUCGAACGUCGAAAAGAAUGGAACUCAUACUACAUUUAAUUAUUUAAAAAUAAUUCUUAAUUCAUAUAGCAUAUAGGAAUUGAGCCCCGUACCAUCCAUAUGAGUAAACGUCAGCAAAUAGAUUCAAUUGCAACAUCUUUCAUUUUUACCAUACAUGUAUAUACAUAUAACAGUCUUCUCAUUAGGACGUUUGGCCGAUCGACAAAUCCAAUUUCUAAUUAAUAUUAUCAUCAUACGAACAAAAUUAAAUCGGGUAGAAUGUCAACAAGAGCUUAGCAUUAUCCGUUCAAUAGCAGACGAAGACAAAAGCUCUCUUUAAAAAGAAUACAAAAUUGAAAAAUAUUGCGAUAUUGAUAUGCAAAUUUGAUACCAGAAAUUGUACGCGGGCCGUGUAUAAUUAGCCGCAAUUUGAUUAGUCUAGCUCUAAGUUACUACUUGAUAGACUAGUUUGUAUAUCUAAUUACGAUAUGUUAUUACUCAUAUUCAUUGUGAAUACAACAAUUAUAAAUUAUCAUAAUAAAGUGUA